AUGGCUUCCCCAGGCCCCGACGCGGGAGCGUCGGAUCCUCAGCCGCACAAGCCCGUGCCUGAACUGGUGUCGCAGUCUCACAUCAACGGCCAUACAUCCUCUGCCAACGAAACCGAGGCCCAGUCGAAAUCCGACAACGCGGUAGAGCCCAAAGCCGAACGUACCACGCCCGAAGACACCCAAGCCAAACCCGCCACCGACGAACCCAAGACGGAAGCCGACAAGCCCACAGUCAACGGGAACUGGGCGAGCGCCGACCACGCUGCCUCGGGCGGUGACGCGACCGACGCCGACACUGCAGACAAAACUCCCAAGGCUGAACCCGAUGCGAAGAGCCCCACCGCCAACACCGAACAAGAGUCUGCGCCUGCUGCCACAGAGACGGUUGCCCCGGCUACAGAGGAGAAAGAGCCAGAACCAGAGCCUCAGGCCGCUGUUGUCAAGAAGGUAGAGCUUGCCAAGGAACCCGAAAAGUCACCUUCCAAGGUGCCUGAAAAGUCGUUCCCCAAGGCAUCCGAGCGCUCGCCCGCCGCAAAAGCCGAGGAAGCGCAAAUGACGGACUUGCACCCUGAAGAGGAAUGCGCCAAAUCAGAGGGUCCAUCUACGAGCGAGCCACAGCCUGGUCAGCCCACUGACCCCGCCGCGCCCGACACGGAAAUGACCGACCCGCCGGCUGAGGAAUCAGCCAAGACGCCCAAGCCUGAUGUUGACAUGCCCUCUGUAGGAGACACGGCCAACUUGCCAGCGUCAGAGGUCGACCUCGGCCCCGCAAGCAUGUCGCAGCUCGCAAUCGACUCCACCGAGAAGGAGUCGUCUCCUGUCCGCGCAUCCGCCGACGUGCCCAUGACAGACGCGCCGCCCAGCGUCAAGAUCGCCCGCCAGCGCGACGAGGAUGCCGCCGAGGAGCCAGCGCCCAAGCGAGCAAAGACAGAGCCCAUGGAGGACGUCGAGGCCGCCGCCGAGUCCGCGUCCGCGUCCGCCGAGGCCACCCCGGCCCAAGCAUCGACUGUGGUCGCGGCGCCGGCGGCGGGGCAAGAGGCUGCCGGCCUCGACGAGACGGCGCUCACGAGCUUGAGCAACUGGCGCGACCAGGAGACCAACUCGCGGUCGCUGACACAAUUCCAGCGCCGCGAGAUUCGCAAGGUCAUUGACCGGGUCAAGAAGACCAAGUCGGGCGGCCACUUCCGCGACUCGGUGCAGAAGCUGUGGCCCGGGCUUUGGGACGGCUACAUGGAGAGGAUCGAAAAGCCCAUGGACCUGGGCGAGCUCGGCCGGAGCGUCAAGGACCCCGUCGACAGCCCCAUCGCGACCCUGGGCGACUUUCGGACGAACCUCGCCCUCAUCUUCGAAAACGCUCUCACCUUUAACGGCCCCGCCCACGGCGUCACCGCCGCCGCGGCGCACGCCGUCAAGACGGUCUGGGAGGACGUGCUUCUGAUCCCCGCAGACGAGCCCGCGCGCCCAAAGGCCGUUCCCAAGCCCAAGCCCGUCCGCGAGUCGCGCGCCGUCUCCAGCGUCCCGGCCCCGCGGCGCCAGUCUGCCGAGGCUCCCGCGGCGGCCGCAGCACCCGCAGCGGCCGCCAGUACCGCCAAUCCGCCCGCCAACCCGCAGGAGCCGGCCGGCGAUCGUCGUAGCUCGACGGCGACGGACGGCGACAGGCCCAAGCGCACCGUGCGCGCGCCUAAGCCAAAGGACAUUGACUACACCACCAAGCCGUCGCGCAAGAAGCUCAAGCCGGAGCUGCAGUUCUGCGACGAGGUCCUGACGGAGCUCAUGCACCCCAGGAACCAUGACGUAAAUCAUUGGUUCCUCGAGCCCGUCGACGCAGAGGGGCUUAACAUCCCCACCUACUACUCGCAGAUUAAGAAACCAAUGGACCUGGGCAAGGUGCAGCGCAUGCUGGGCAGUGGGGAGAUUGCCAGCCUCAAGGACUUCGACAAGAACGUGCGGCUCAUCUUCGACAAUUGCUACAAGUUCAACGGCCCCCCCGCGGAGGGUAAUGUGGCUGGCAACUCUGGCAAGCUUCUCGAGGACCACUACGUGGCACUGAUGAAGAACAAGGACGCGUGGCUCAGCAAGCACGCUGCCAAGGCCAAGGCCCCCCGGGCUUCCGUCUCCAACGCUAGUGACGACGACGACGACGACGAAGACGACGACGAGGGCGACGACGCGGCGGACGCCGCCGUCGACAGCAAGGAGCUCCAGGAGCUCCAGGCCAAGCUGGAAGAGGAGACGAAGAAGCUCAACGGCAUGCUUCUCGGAGGUAACCAGAGCUUGAUCGACAUUCAGAAGGGCAUUGUGCACGUGGUCCAAGACGCACUGAUCAAGGCGGCCCAGAACGCUCAGGUCCGCGCCAGGAACGAAAAGUCCAAGAAGUCGGGCAAGGGCGCAAAGGCCAAAGCCUCGGGGGGCUCCGGUGGCCGCAAGUCGACGGGCGGAGCCUCGCAAUCCAAGAAGUCGGGCGGGUCCAAGAAGGCUGCGCCAAAGAAGACCUUGACGGCCGCGGACAAGGACCAGAUCGCGACGGCCAUCAAUGAUCUCGAGUACCCACAUCUAGAACGAGCAAUCGAGCUUAUUAAGAAGGAUACGGGCCAACUUGAGAACCCCGACGGCGAGCUCGAGCUCGACAUCGACCAGCUCAGCAACGACGCGUUGUUCAAGCUAUGGGAUCUCUGCAAGAAGGCCCUCCCAGGCUUUGGUAAAGACUCGACCGCAGCUCCUAAUUCGUCAGCCGAAGUUAACCGGGGUGCCCCCGCCAAGCAGGCCCCUAAGACGGCAUCAAAGUCGAAGAAGAACAAGCCCAUGAGCGCUCAGGAGCAGGAGUCUCGGAUCGCGCAGCUGACGGCCCUUCGUGAGAUGUACCACAAGCCUGGCCAGGAGCCAUCCGAUGCACCGAAUGUCACGCAGGCGCCGACGCCAAUGGCCGAAUCCAGUGAUGACUCGGAUUCGGAAGAGGAGUAG